AACCUGGGGUGUUGGGCUCCAAGCCACGUGGCUCUGAUGGACCCCCCCUGGCACCCGUCUGCAGACUCACUUUCUCCCUGCCUCUCUGCUUCCCACCCAGGACCUCGUGGGAAUUGACAACUAUGACUAUCCCGAUUAUGAGAACUCCACCAUGGACCCUAGUGUCCCCGUGGACAACUCCUCCUACACCCCGCCAAGGCUGGGCGGCCCGGACGUGCUGUCCCUGGCGAUCUUCACGGUGGUCUUCCUGGUGGGGGUGCCCGGCAACCUCAUGGUGGUGUGGGUGACGGGGUGCGAGGCCCGGCGCGCCAUCAACGCCAUCUGGUUCCUCAACCUGGCCGCGGCGGACCUGCUGUCCUGCCUGUCGCUGCCCAUCCUGUUCGUGAACAUCCUGCACCACAACCACUGGUCCUUCGGGGAGGCUGCCUGCCGGGUGCUCCCCUCGCUCCUCCUGCUCAACCUGUUCGCCAGCAUCCUGCUGCUGGCCGCCAUCAGCGCCGACCGCUUCCUGCUGGUGUUCAACCCCAUCUGGUGCCAGAACUACCGCGGGGCCCGGCUGGCCUGGGUGGCCUGCGCCGUGGCCUGGGGCCUGGCCCUGCUGCUCACCAUCCCCUCCUUCGUGUACCGGAAGGUGAACGUGCAGCACUACCCCGACAAGAUGGAGUGCGGCCUCAGCUACGGCCGCGACGCCGCCGGAGUCCGCAAGGAGAGGGCCGUGGCCACCGUGCGGCUGGUGGUGGGCUUCCUGUGCCCGCUGGCCACCCUCUCCGUCUGCUACACCUUCCUCCUGCUGCGGACCUGGAGCCGCAGCGCCACGCGCUCCACCAAGACGCUCAAGGUGGUGGCCGCCGUGGUGGCCAGCUUCUUCCUGCUCUGGCUGCCCUACCAGGUGUCCGGGAUGGUGCUGGUCUUCCUGCCCGAGUCCCACCGCCACUACAAGGCCGUGUCCCGCUUCGACGCCCUGUGCGUCUCCAUCGCCUACGUCAACAGCUGCAUCAACCCCGUCAUCUACGUGGUGGCCGCCCAGGGCUUCCAGGCCCGCGUCCUCAAGUCCCUCCCUGCCCGGCUGCGCAACGUGCUGACCGAGGAGUCCCUGGCCAGGGGGUCCAAGUCCUUCACGUCCAAGUCCUUCACGCUCUCCACGGUGGACCAGAAGAGCCAGGCCACAGUGUAGGAGAGCCGACCCGCCCGCCCGCCCGCCCCUCUGCCUGCCUUCGGCUCCGUCCUCUCCCGCUUCCUUCAGCUCAGCCCUGGGCGAGCUGGAGGGAUGGGGCGCGUUUCGGGGCGCUCUCCGCCGGUCCUUCCUCGUUUCCGAGACCAACAGAGCCUGCCUGCUGGGGCCACGCAACCUUUCUCUUCGCCUAAGGACAUAGCGAAACAGACGUCGAUAUGCCAGGAGUUGCCCUGGUCAGCGUGGCUCAGUGGACAGCGCGUCAGCCUGCGGACGGAGGGGUCCCAGGUUCGAUUCGCGGUCAGGGCACC